AUGACAGCUAUCUACUUUCGGUUUUCCUAACAGAGUAAAUUACAUUCCUACAAAGAUGAACGAAGUUUAAGUUGUGUUGAUACGUUAGAAGAAGUUGUUUUGCGGUAGAACAAUACUUUACUUUAAUGGGUGACAUACAAAGUUCAGAUAAACAGGAAAGAAAGCAUACAAGAAGUAAACACCCUGGAGUUGAUGGGCGUGUUAAACAAGAUCACAAAAAAACAAAACCGUACAAGAAACAAAAAGUUCAAAAGCAUUCCGAAGGAUCUGGACGACGACCACAUAGUGGAAAAAGGAGCAUGGGAAACUUUUUGAAGCCUAAAUACAGCGAUCCAGUUUACACACAAAAAGAAAAUAAAGAUUUUGUACUAUUCUGGCAGAAAGGCUCUGUGUUCAGUCAGUGGCAUCAUUCAAUGUUCACAGUGGAGGAACUGACAUUUAACUGUGCAGAGCAGUUUAUGAUGUAUCAUAAAACACGUUUAUGUGAUGACGAAAAAUUAACAGAGAGAGUUAUGACAUCAACAGACCCAGAAGAACAAAAGGAUUUUGGGCGACAGGCAGCAAAAUUAUCUAGCUUUAAUAGACCGCUGUGGAACAGUAAAUGUGAAGAAAUUGUGAAACAGGGAAAUAUUGCGAAGUUCUCACAGAAUCCAAAACUCAAAGCCGUACUGCUAAACACCGGAAAUAAAACACUGGCAGAGGCUAGUCCAUUUGAUGAGAAAUGGGGAGUCGGGUUAGCGGCAGAUCAUCCAGAUGCAUUAAACAAAGAAAAAUGGCGGGGAAGAAAUCUGCUUGGAACAAUUCUGAUGGACGUUAGAGAGGAAUUAUAUAAUGACCAAAUUAAAUAAAUGUUUUAAAGAGAAUAAAACACACAUGUGAUAAUUGACUACACAUUUUUUUUUAUAAAAUGUAUCUCCAUUUUACUAUAUUAUAAAAACUUGACCAACACUUGUAUACAAUAAUCAACACAACAAAAUUAUUCUCGUAAUGACAAUUUACCAAGAAUACAACUUUUGUCUUUCUGUUUUGUUUGAAAUUUGUGAUAUUACAUUACUUAUCAAAUUUGUACUUAGAUUCACUUACUUAACCAGUAAUAAAUAUUUAUUUUUUC